AUGGCUGAAAUCCGACGCAAGCUCGUCAUCGUUGGCGACGGUGCCUGCGGAAAGACCUGUCUCCUAAUCGUCUUCUCCAAGGGCACCUUCCCAGAGGUGUACGUCCCCACGGUCUUUGAAAACUACGUUGCCGAUGUCGAGGUCGACGGGAAGCACGUCGAAUUAGCCUUAUGGGAUACGGCAGGACAAGAAGAUUAUGACCGUCUCCGUCCACUCUCGUACCCCGAUAGCCACGUCAUUCUCAUUUGCUUCGCCGUCGACUCGCCCGACUCACUGGAUAACGUGCAGGAGAAGUGGAUAUCCGAGGUGCUGCAUUUCUGCCAAGGUCUCCCGAUCAUCCUCGUCGGAUGUAAGAAAGAUCUUCGGUAUGACCAGAAGACGAUCGAGGAGUUGCAUAAGACGUCUCAGAAGCCUGUGACCCCAGAGCAGGGUGAGGAGGUGAAGAAGAAGAUCGGUGCACGACACUACCUAGAGUGUUCGGCGAAGACGAAUGAGGGAGUGAGGGAGGUUUUUGAGCACGCUACACGCUCAGCACUGCUUUCCAAAAAGGGCAAGCAUCACGGGGACGGGAAGAAGUCGAAGUGUUUGAUCCUGUAA